CCGAGCAUUUCCGGUUUCUUUGGAGAGGCGAUACUUGUCCCUUCCCCUCUGUGUGAUGUCCAGUAAACCCGCACUGUCUGAUACACAUAUCCCCCUCAGACCCACGGCUGGUGCUGCAGCUUGUAUCUAGACCCGGGUCUGCGCUGAGAGCCAGGGGCCAGGGUGAGAGAGCUCCACAAUGUCUGAACUUUUUAUGGAGUGUGUGGAGGAGGAGCUGGAGCCGUGGCAGAAACAAGCUCCUGAAGUUCACUUGAUAGAUGAUGAUGAUGAUGAUGAGCCCAUCUUCGUUGGAGUGCUCUCUAAUAAGCAGAAGGAGGGAAGACCCAACCCUCCACCUCCUCAGAGUAACCGUGCAGGGAAACAGGAAGUCAAGCCUCCUGCUCCUCAGCCGGCCAGUGGCCCCUCCCCCAUAAUGCUGCCGUUGAGUGUGGCUGGAAAUGCCGUGAAUACUACAGCACCCAAUCUGACAACAUUGACCCCGCAGCCUCUUAUCGUCAAUAACCAGGGCUUUAUUGUCACUUCUCCGCAUCUAGCAAACAACAGUGACUUUAUUGCCUCUCUUGGGAGCCAGUACCCUCCUGGGACCUCAUUUACAAUAGUACCAGCUGGUCAGCAGCAUCUUUUCCAGCAGAUCACCACCGCCACCGUAAUGCCCGGUGCUGUCCACAGACCUCAGGUGCAACAAAUCAGCAACAACGUUGUGACUUUAUCCAACGUUCAGAGUCCUGCUGUUUACUCUGCACAGCCUCAACAGCUGCAACUCAACUGGUCCAACCCACAACCUCUAAAGACCUUUUCCGUGGCAGCAAAUGCCCUUUACAAUGACAAUAACAGAGGAUUGCUUACAGAUCAAAUUUUAGUCAAGCGAGUGCUACCACCACAGCAAAAAGACAGCGUACCCAAAAAAGCGAAGAUUGAAUUGGGGUCAGUGAAAAAUGGGGUAUUAAAGAAACAGUGCCCAAAGUGUCGAGAAGAAUUCCUCUCACAGGAGGCCCUGACGUUUCACCUGCAGAGCUGCUGUGCAGUGUUAGAAGCUUCAGCCGAAUCAGCCGUGCACAUCGGUGCAAACAAGCGCAUCAUGCUGGUUUCAGAGUUCUACUACGGUAGAUCUGACGGAAAUAUGAUGAAAAAGGAUGCGCAGAAACCCAACACCACUUUCAAGUGCCAGAGCUGUUCAAAAGUUCUCAAGAACAAUAUCAGGUUCAUGAACCACAUGAAGCACCACUUGGAGCUGGAGAAGCAGAACAGUGAGAGCUGGGAAAGCUACACCACCUGCCAGCAUUGCUACCGGCAGUACAUGACUCCGUUCCAGCUGCAGUGCCACAUCGAGAGCGCUCACAGCUCCAUCGAAUCCUCUACAAAUUGCAAGAUAUGUGAGCUGGCGUUUGAGUCGGAGCAGGUUCUCCUGGAACACAUGAAGGACAACCACAAGCCUGGGGAAAUGCCUUACAUCUGCAGCGUCUGCGAUUACAGGUCGUCUUUCUUCUCAGACGUGGAGACACAUUUCAGAAGUGUCCAUGAUAACACCAAAGACCUGCUCUGUCCUUUCUGUCUCAAAGUUCUUAGAAGUGGUCCUCUAUACAUGCAACACUACAUGAAACAUCAGAGAAAAAAGAUCCAUCGCUGUGGAAAAUGCAGACUGAAUUUUCUCACAUACAGGGAGAAACUGGAUCACAAGAAUAACGUCCACAAAACCUUUAAAAAACCCAAAGCUCUGGAAGGUCUUCCUCCAGGAACCAAGGUGACCAUCCGAGCGUCCCUCACAGGAAAGGCUCCAACGCUGAACAGCUGCACUGAUCCAUCCAGCCUUGUUGUCACCCCAGAAAGUUUCAACCCAAAAACCAAGCCUGCUGUCAGUGGAUCCAAGUCCAAGUCAAACGUCUCUGCAGGAAAAGCCAAGGCGAGCAAGAAGAAAGAUCUCCAGUCCAACAAACACAAUCUGUCGCUCAGGAACAUCAGAGUCGAUGGAGGACAAUUCACAUGCAUCGAGUGCAACACACAAGUGGACCACUUCUUUUCUCAUUUCCCAAUGAUUUCAAAUUGCGGUGCGUGCAAAUAUCGGACGAGUUGCAAAGUCGCCAUUGGGAAUCAUAUGAUAAGAUUUCAUAGUACCAUAACCAAAAACAGAUUCUUGAAAAUGAAUCACAAGAAGGCUUCAUCGGCUUCAAAAAUAACUCUGGUCUGUCUGAACUGCGACCUCCUCAUGGACGCAACAGGCGGUGACCUGAUGACCAGACAUUUAACUGACCAACCAAAUCACAUAUGCAAAGUCAUUCAGGAAAAGGAUAUCAAAGCCAAAGGUCGAGUCCAUCUCUUCUUGAGGCAGCCAGCAAAAUCGUUCUAUCUGUUGACGACGGUGCCUGUUUUAACACCAAAGGAAAUGGACUUGAAAGUGGUUGAAAGUCUGCCUUUCGCCACUGUGGAUAGACCAGAGCCGAUUGUACCAGCAGGUGAUAGCGAAAAGGCUUCCACAGAAAUCAGUGUGGUUGAAGGUUCCUCUGAAGGACACUUGUUGCUGCCCGCUGUAUCGUCUUCCUGUGCAUCAGAGUCAGUGUGUAACUCUGAGAGCCUGAAAGAAAGUGAGCAGCUCCCUGAGCAUGAGAAAAGGGAACAACCAACCAAAUCAGAAUGAACCUCUACAACGAACACCAUGCACAUGUAUAGCUAGGUAUUUCAUUUAGAGUCCAUCAGUCAGACCUUGGCAUUGUUUUCAUUAAUAUAGAAAAAUAUGAAAAAAAAAAAAAUGGUGUUUUGCUGCUGGUAUUUUCCACCAUUCCCCUCUAAGUUCAUGUGUUAAGCAAAGUCCAAUCCAACAACGAAAAUAUAAAUAGAUCUUCUGUUAAAAUACCAUUUCCUAAAAGGAUGUUGAGUAUUUUAGUAUGUUUUUAAUAGAAAAAUACAAUAAUUAAAGUCUUCUUUGUUGUCCUAAAAGCCAUAUAAUAAAGUAUUGUCAUUCUUAACAUCAUUAACCUUGAUGAUUGUGGCUCACCUUUUUAAGGACAGUUAAGAUCAUUUAUGGUUUGCUUGGUCGAGAAAAAGGACUAAAUUGUCAGAUGACAACUGAUUGUGAAACUCACUCAGUGGCAGAUGCUCAAGUUGUUUCUGGGGAUUUAUUCAUACAAUUUCAAUUCUGUCUUCCCAUCAAAAUAAUAAAUACUAAAAUGUUUUAAUGCCUUUUUCUGGACAGAGAAACGUGUGUCAACAGUCAGACAAUUGUUUUUAAGAAAUAUAUCGGACAUGUAUAGAAAUGUCUAGCUUGAGAUGUUAUUCCCUUAGAAAAAUCAUGUUGGAAAUAUAUCAGACAAUUAAGAAAUGGUAGGGGGUAUAGUGUGAAAAAAUAACCACAACUGUGUGAGGAUUGAGCC